AUGUCCGGUCCUGCCAGCUGGGACGAGAAAGGACUGUGGGAAAGAAAACAGAAAACCUGUCGGGCGAAACAAGGCGCAGACCAGGCCAGUUACCAGAUGUGCAAACGACACACAACACGGGCAGGGUUGAGUCUGGGCUCGACGGGCUCGGGCAGGGCUCUCCAAUUACAGCUCAGUUUGGCGCCGAAAAUUGUUCAAAAUGGCUUCUGGGGACGUUCUGCUUGA